AUGCCCAUCCACAACCUGUCCUUCUUCGACUCGCCUUCUUUCAACUUCUCCGACACUGAUCUCGACAUUAAUUCGGCUGUCAACGCGGCUCAACUUCAUCGAUGCAAAGAAGAAGCCUUCCGGAUGUAUAUAGCCAUCUUGGUGGUAACGACGGCACUAAUAGGACUACUUUUAUCACUUUACGUCUUCUUCAUAUCAUUGGUCAACAUUCGGGGCGAUUAUCGACUGUUCGUCGCUAAUCUGGCGUUUGUGGACAGUGUUUGUGGUAGGUGUAUGAAAGUUUUGAAAUUUUAAAUAUUUUUUUUAUUUUAAAAAAUUUUUUGAAAGAAUACUAUGUAAACAUACAUAUUCCAAGUCAUAAAUAAUGCUUUAGCUUGACUUGAUCCUAAUUUUUACAAUUUUCAGCGUUACUGUAUGCGUUUAUGGGCUAUGUGAACUUGUCAGCUCAUUUCCGCUUCCCAGUGAGUAUAAUGACAUACUCUGCCUUUGCCUUUUAUGGGUCAUUUGGCAUCAUGAUCUGUGCUUUGGUACCUGUAUCGAUAAGUAGGAUCGUAGCCGCUUCAAAGCCGAAAACAUACGACCGACUGUUCAGUGGUACGUUUGUUGAUUUUUCGUACUAUAAUUGGUCAAAAAGUAAUGAGAAAAUUCAAAACAUGGCAAUUUUGUCAAAAAUUGACAAAGCAUUUUUAAACAUAUGUUAUUGUUCUGAAAGAUACCAUAAUAUAAAGUAUUAUCGUCAACUUAAAAUAACUAAAACAACUCUUAAAUCUUCUAGGCUACCGAGCAUUUAUCGUAUGUGCAGUAAUGGACCUCUUACCAGUCAUCUUACUAGUCGUCAUAUGUACAGCUCAUCAUGACAUAGCACGAAGACUGUUCUUUGCCUAUGCAUCACUGACUGUCAUUGCACAUGGAGUUACAUUCGUAUCAAACUUUUUGGUGUUCUGGUUGGUCGCUAAUCACAUAAAGGUAGUAGAAUGUCUGCAUGAUCGUACGAGGCUUCUGGAGACGAGACAAGUCGCUGUAGCUACAUUGGCUCAAGCUGUGGUCCCGCUGAUUUGUCAGGUAGGGGUUUUGAUUAAAUAAAGGGUGGAUUCUUACUGUAAAGUUGAAAGUUCCAUGAUUAAUAUCGAGUUUAAUAUCAAAAAUCAAAGAGUAUGACAUACAUUUAUGUAACUAAGAAAAUAUCUUUUCAGGUCCCAGCCUUCCUAGCACUAUCAUCAGCCCUACUGUUAAUCGAGCCAAUCACUCAUCAGAAUGUCAUAGUAAUCACACAGUUAUGGCUAUCAGCUUCACCUCUGCUUGACUCAUUAAUCACCUUAUUUGUCAUCAAACAAUAUCGUAUUCAAACCUUGGCCUGUGGCUCUUUUUUUCUCCAAUUGGACAGGUGUCUAGGCCAGCCAAAGACAGUGAGCAACAGUCUGGAGCAGAACCAGAUCAGCUCUUACUUUAUGGGUAUACCUAAAACACUUAAAAGUACUUCGAACGUGUAG